ACUUUGUUUUUCAAAAAAAAAAAAAAUGGAAGACGAAAAUCAUGAAUCGAGUCCCACCGAGGGCGAAACAGAAAAUAAAGAGGUAGAAAUAAACGAUGAUGAUGUGGAAGAUGCCGACAAUGAUGACGGUGAAUCUUCAGAAAAAGAUGUGAACGAAGAUGAAGAAUUAACUGAGGAUGCAGAUAUGUUAAAAGUCGAAUUGGAAAAAAUACAAGUUACAGAACCUAAAACUAAAUUACAGAAGAAGAAAUCUAUUGAAAUUUUUGACCCUGAUCUAUUCCCCACAUCAUAUAAAGACAACCUACCAAAAGAAUUGGUAAUUUUACAGUAUGCUGAGAGCUUUCGAAGGCAGUAUGUACAUCUUUAUAGGGAUAGGAAGCCAUUAUUUCUCAGUCCUGUCAAUGAAUGCAAUGUUGAGAAAUUUGUUUGCACAACUAUCCGUCCAAGUCAGCUGCCAUUCAAAGAACUUUACAACUGGGAUGGAGCGGCAGAAUUUGUUGCUGAUUACUUGAAUUUUGAGACAUUGGAGCCACCCUUUGAGCUGCCACAGCAACUGAUUUCACCAGCAACAGUUUUGCGUCAGCAAAAGGGAAAUUGUUUUGAGUACAGCACCUUACUUUGUUCUUUACUAAUUGGUGCUGGGUAUGAUGCAUAUGUUGUUAGUGGCUAUGCUAACAAAGAUACUUGUUUGGCAGAUGAGCUGAGAGAAACUUGCCCACUACUUAGAAAAAAAGAAGAAAUAAAAGAACAAGAAAAGAAAAAACAAAUUAAAAAAUACACAGUCAAACCUCCUAAAGAUUUGCGCAGUAAAUUUGAACUUAAAAUGGAGGUCAGAAAACAAGAUGAAAUCAAAGAGGAAGCAAACAGAAAAAAAGCAGAGGAGGAGCAAAGAUUAGCUGAGCUAGAGAAACCUCCACCUGAUCCUCUUUUUGGUUUACGCAUUCAUUCUUGGGUCCUGGUUCUGUCAGGCAAACGUGAAGUACCUGAGCAUUUUUUUAUAGAACCAUUUACAGGCUUAUCUCACCCUGUCAAUAGUGGAGCUUACUUAGGGAUUGAGUCCAUAUGGAAUCAUUUAAAUUACUGGGUUUGCAUGCAGGAUUGUUCUGAUGGGGUGGCUAAAUUAAGUUAUGAUCUUGGUGACUGUACUUUAUGGGAGUACAUAUUUCCUGGAUUAGACAAACCACAGUUACUUAUACCUGAAGCCGAGGAAGAUUUAGACAAUUUGGAUGAUGACGAGGAAAAAGAAGAGGAAGUUGAAAAUCAUUUGGAUAUGCCACCCUCUUGGGUUGAACCACUGCACAUUUCCCAUCAGGAUUUUGAAAUGCGUUGUCCUAAAGGGGAGAAAACAAAACUGUAUAAAAGAGCCAAGCUAGACAAAUUUGCACACUACUUGCGAGAUGACGGUUUAGUUUCCAAGUUAUCUAUUUAUAAUAAUAAAGAAUUGACUGAACUUAUCAUGUUGAAGGAGUAUUUUGAUCAUCGUAUAGACAAACUUUCUAUAAGAGUUCAUAAUUACUUAACUGGCAUGGUUACUGAACAUUUUCACCCAGGAAGACCAAAACAAUUAAAAGAGCACAACUACCAUGCCAAUGCCACAGAACCUGAAAAUGAACGCACUAUGAUCUUUUAUGAUGAAGCAAGACAUGAUGGCCUAGUCAAGAGGGAAGAGAAACCUCUAUCCAUGACAGAACAUUUUAAAGGACGGGAAGAUUUCUUAUUCUACAGACAUGUUGAGUUUGGGAAAAAAAGCAAAAAACUUGGACCUCAAGAUGAAAUCAGUGAACCAAACCCAAGACCUAUUCUUAAAAUGAUCAUGAAAUUUCACCCUAACCCAGAAAAGCCUGCUAAUGCAGAUAUCAGAAAACUGGUGUUCCUGGUAGCAGAAGAUAAAAUUCAAAUCACAUACCACACUGAAAACAGACACAUAGCUUCAUCAUUCAGAGAGUUUAUUAAGCCACAAAACUGGGAAGAAAAGGGAGCCAUACUUGCAUGGUCGCAAGAUAUGCAUUCAACAUUUCAAGCUGACCCAAAGUCUGAGAAUGUGAAGCAAGUAGAACUUUACCAGACUUUACUUUUACUUCUAAAGAUAGAGGAGUCUUGCCGAGACGCUGUUAGAGAAUCAGAAGAAGAGGUCAAAGAAAUUCUAGCCAGUCGCCUAAAAGAAGAAGCCAAGCCUCAACUUGAGAUUUCAGUUUAUGAUACAGAAAGAAAUGAAAAAGCCAAGAAACAUAGAAGAGAUUUGGAAGAAAAACAAAAGUUGGAAAGGAAACGCAAACAAGAUAUGGAGAUAGAUUAUCUUGCACCUUUUCUGGCACAUAUUGGAGACCCAGAGAAAAUUACCAAAAACCAGGCUAUUAAGCUAAAAGAAGAUUGCUUAGGAGACUUGAAGCAGAGGUUGAUUGAUAAAGCAAAUCUUAUUCAGUCUAGAUUUGAAAAGGAAACACAAGAACUACAAAAAAAACAAGCAUGGUACCAACAAAACCAAGUAUCCAUGUCAAAAGCUGAUGAAGAAGAUUAUCUUAAUUAUUGCAGUGAAACCAUGUUUAGGAUAAACAUUCUUGAAUCCAGACUUAACAGACAUAAAGAAAUGGCACCUCAUAAGUACAUGGCUUUAGAGCAGAAACUACGCAAUGAUCCACGACUAUCAGAGCAUUUUUAAAAGAGAUAUAUACAAAUAGAAUUUUUUUAAAGUUUGCCUGUAUAUUAAAAGUUGUUGUAUUUUAUUUAUAUGAAUAUAUUUUUGAGUGCAUUUGGAUAUGUCCUAAGUUGUGAUAUCUAUGUAAAAUUAUGUUGCCAGCUAUGUGAUACUAAAAAAUAUUUUGUUUUGAACUUCAAUAUAAAAUUUGUUAUGACAGAGAUUGUAAGACUUUGUGAAUAGUUUUCUAAAACAUGAUCUGAUUAUGACAGUUUGUUAUAAGGGUACACUUUAAAAAAGAAGGACAUAUUUAAUAUAAUAACAAGAACAAGAAAAUAAAAACAAAAUUUCUUAAAAAAAAAAAAAAAGCUUAUAUUAAAUGUACUUCAAUCAAUUAGUUUGGAUCAGUCAUGUAUGUAAAUUUGUAAUAGAUCUAUACUAACAAUAAUAAAUCUGUGCGAUUAGUUGUUUUUUUAUCUGUGCUAAAAUGUACAUCUUUACCUUACCAAAGAUAGGCGUAGAUGAGAAAAGAAUACUUAAUUAGACCCCCCUGGUGGAAAAUUGCUUGUCUGCAUUAGAUGUGGCAAAAUAUGCAGGUCACAACUGGGUGCAUGUUCAUGUGAAAUAUCAUAAUUAAUAUUUUGAAUCGAAGACAUUGCAUUAGAGACCGUUGACUCCUUUCAGCUGUGGCUUGGCACAGUUAAACCUAAUUACACAUUUAGAAAAAAAAAAGCCUACAUGUAUUAAGCAACUUCACCAUUAUGUAUUUGUUUUAGAAUAAAUCCAAUAACUAAGUUUUCAUAUAAUUUCAAUUUAAAACAUUCAGCUUAAGGAUAUUGUAUCAAGGUAUUAGAAGAAACUAUUCAUCAGCAAAACUUUUUUUUUUUACAUUUUGUUGCAAUUUUCUAUUAUAUUUGUAAUGAAAAAGAAAUCCAUUUAAAAAAAAAGGUGCUUUAUA